GAUGCAGUGCCGAGAAUUUUCGUGUUACGAUAAUCAGCAUUAUUAUACUUAGUGCCUAAGAAUGUUACUAUGUUACUGAACACAAAUUUGCAUUAAGUGAAGACAAUUUGACUUAAAAUUCAAGGUGAGCGUGCAUUGGAUGUAGCUGUGAAUGGUAGACCACUAUGCCAGGCAAACUGAAGGUACAGAUUAUUGCUGCAAGGGACCUUCCAGUGAUGGAUAGGGCCAGUGACCUUGCUGAUGCAUUUGUUGAGGUCAAACUUGGGCAAGUAACCCACAAGACAGAAGUCUGUCGGAAGUCUCUUAAUCCACAGUGGCAAUCAGAGUGGUUCAAAUUUGAGGUUGAUGAUGAAGAGCUUCAGGAUGAACCACUGCAGCUGAGAAUUAUGGACUAUGACACGUACAGUGCCCAUGAUGCCAUUGGUAAGGUGUACAUAGAUUUAAACCCCCUACUUUUGAAAGAUGGACCAUCCGAGAUAUCAGGCUGGCUACCUAUUUAUGACACCAUGCACGGCAUGAGAGGGGAGAUCAGUGUGGUAGUCAAGGUGGAUCUCUUAGAAAACGUCAGCAAAUUUAAGGAGUCUUCCUGUGGAGUCCAGUUCUUCAGUUCAAGCGGAAUCCCUACAUGUUACACUGUGAGUGCUGUUCAUGGCUUUGUAGAGGAACUGGUUGUCAAUGAUGACCCUGAGUAUCAGUGGAUUGAUAUGAUCCGAACACCGAGGGCUUCCAAUGAGGCUAGACAGCAGUUGUUCACUAAGCUGUCUGGUGAGCUACAGCGGAAGAUUGGACUGAAGGUGCUUGAGAGAGAAGGCAAUGCUGUCUUGGGUUACUGGCAAUGCUUUGAUCUGGAAGGAGAAUCUGGCAUUGUGGUCCGAGGCAUCGGCACAGCAGCACUGAUACAUAAAACCAAUCCAAUGACCUCACCUCUGUCUACCAGCCCACCACAGGAUCAGCUCAAUCCAAAGGACUUUUCUGCCAUUGAAGAUGCGCCAGAUGGAAGCAUGAUUGGUUCCCCACUAUACACCCAGCAGAUUUCCCAACCAACCCCAAGGUCACCAUCCAAGGUGACUCCAUGUCGGCAUUCAUCUGACUCAGACCUGUCCUCAGCCCACAUUGUGGGGUCUGUCGGUAGCCAAGAGAAGGCAGGCAGUGGAGGAAGUGGUGGACUAUCCCAGAGGAUGUCACUCCUACCCAAGCCAACUCUACCGCCAAUAACUAUUGAUAUUCUGGAGUACCCAUUUUUCACAAUCAAAAAGUUCCCCCCAGGAUUCCUUGUUCAUCUUGGGGGAGUGGUUACUGCACGGUCAGUCAAACUGCUGGACAGAAUCCACAACCCAGACGAGCCAGAGACGAGAGAUGCAUGGUGGACAGAGAUACGUACAGAGAUCAGAUCCCAUGCUGCUACCAUGGGGUGCCAUGCUGUUGUUGGCUACAAAGAAACAACCAGUAUUUGCGAUGAGAUUUGCCUACUUUCAGCCACCGGGACAGCCGCCAUCGUCAACCUAGCAGCGUUCCAACAUGCAGGGGUUCCCCUGCUAGCCCAGCCGCAGUCCGUGCUGCUGACCACGUCCCUCGAUCGCCCAGACUUCCAACAGCACCUGCAACAGAACAGCCAAGAGAAAUCGCCGCCGCUAGCAGAGAGCAUUAUGUCAGAGAAUCCCACCGCUGCCACCGAGUCUUGCCCCAAGUGUGCCAUCUGUCACAUUCCGUACAAUGAGUCAUCUCUACCAUUCCCAGUCUCAAUCAGCAAGUGUGCCAUCUGCAGGAGAUCCAAGGUCCCAGACGUGUUAUUUUGCACUGUGGAGCCCCCUCAUGAGCUGUCCUACACAGGGCUUGGAUGCUGCUUACAGGCUAGCGUCUGCCGCAGCAAGAAAAAAGCCACUGGAGAGAGCAACGCUGCCAUGAUCAGUGAUGCUUUGCCGUUUAUGGAAUAUGAAAUUCAUAGGCAGCUCAUGAAUAAACUGAAGGUGAAAGGAAUGAAUGCCCUUUUUGGUUUACGUGUGCAAAUCAUAGUUGGAGAAACUCUUCUUAUAGGUGUAGCAACAGCGACAGCAUCUUAUAUAACAGCCCUGCCUCCUCCAUCGCAGCUGAGAGUCACAAGCCAGUCUGGUGGAGGCGAGAAGCAAGUUCAGGCAAUUCAGAAGAAACUUUUGGACAUCACGGCGAGGAACAAAGAUAUCUAUGAACUACACCUACCAGAAUCUAUCUGGGAGUCAUCUGCCUUAGACAGUCCCCAGCCACUGGAUAACACAGAUGACCUCGCAGAAACACAGUUCCAAGCCUCACAGAAAGACACAUAUGUCCUGACUGUUGAUGAUGUUGAAGACAAGGAAACUGUGUGGGGAUUGUUUGAUCCAGAGCUGCCAACAGGCUUAUUUAGUUGCACGACGGAGACUGUCCCGGGUAAUUUCCGACCAAGCAAGCACAUGCAGAUGUUCACCAUGAUGAGAACCCAGACGCUACUAGAAGCAUCUACCAAGCACUUCGCUCCCAUCUUUGAUGACCUUGUUCAGAGUAUGUGUUUUAAGCUUCGUUCCAUGGCUCCUUGCUGCUUGUGUAACGUGUGCUAUGAUGUCAAUGUUCCUGAUGAUGAUGUUGUUCAGCUGUGGUUAACUGCAUCUGCAGUAGACCUUCAAGAAAAUGUUACAUCCAGUCCAGAAAAGGUGCCACAAUCUAAAGGUAGCAAGUCAAGUGAUGCAGAGCUCCUGUUUGCCAUGGAGGAACUGCAAGUCACAGAGAGAGCGCCAGCAUCUCCUUCAACACCAACAGGAAAAGUGUCCAAAGUUCCCAAGCUUGAGAAGAGGAUAGUGCUGAAGGAUACCAUUGCUACACCAACCUGGCUUCCAAAGGUAGAGAUUACACCCCUCUCCGCUGUGCCAGGAGGAGUGAUUGACCAGUAUCUAGGCUACAUUAAUCUAUUCUUUGUUCGGGAGUCCAUGUCCGUCAGAGAGUCUGGAGGUGUGAGUGGCUUCAUGUAUAACUUCAUCUCAGAGGUCAACGCCAUCAUCCGGUCCCAUGUUGCAUCCCUUGGAGGCAAUGCCCUGGUGGCAUACAACUUAGUGGAUUGCCUGUUGGAAGACAGAAAUCACCAGUGCCAGUGUUUGAUCAACGUUAGUGGUGAUGCAGUUCAUGUCGUGUAUGAUGGUGCAACUUCAAGCAUGGACUCACCUUACCCAAGUCAACCCCCAACUUCACACAGCCAGCAGUUCAGUCGGGAUUCAAGCGCAGAAACCCCAGCUCAAAUAGUGGAACCCAAAGUGUGAUCAGCAUUCAAUGUUGGUCCACCUUGCCCUAGUCAACUCCCGACUUCACGCAGCCAGCAGUUCAGCGGGAUCCAAGCGCAGAAACCCUACCUCAAAUAGUGGAACCCAAAGUGUGAUCAGCAUUCAAUGGUGGUCCACCAUGCCCUAGUCAACUCCCGACUUCACGCAGCCAGCAUGUAUGUACAAUCACAUGGGCCAGUGGGAAUGCCCUGUAUCCCGUGGUCCAAGUUGGAUGUGUGCUACAUCCUUGUGGGGAUGACUUUGGGGUAGACACACUGUGUGCAUUUGUAUCAGCACAGAAUACAAACCAUUCAUUUCCCAAACACUUUUAUAUAAGUGAACCCUCCCUUUUUAAGUGUCCGCCAAGAUUCUCUCUUAUGAGGGAGUAUUUGAGAAUUGGGGGUCUAUUUGGAAUUUAAAGACAGCAUAAUUAAUUAUCACGUCAUAUUGAGUGGCAGCAUGGUGUCUGGUAACUAAUGCUCUUGUGUUCAUGCUGUGUGCAUACUCUAUGUAAACAUUCACAUUUGCUGUCACAAAAUGUCUGUGUUGAAAUAUAUAUAUUCAUCUGUAAGAUUGAUUCAGUGCUUGCAUUUAAUGUCAAUACUGCCAAAAUUUGACGAGCUUUGUGGAUUUGUAAAUACAUACCGGUAUGUAUUAGUAUUUUUAGCAUCAGGUGUUUGAAAAGAGUAAAGGUCAGUUCAUAGUUGAUGCAAAAGAGAGUAGAAUGCCGAUAUGAUAAGGAGGCAUAUGUGGCAAAAUUUGGAAAUGUCCUUAUGAGCUGACUUUUGCAAAUCACAAUGUAAGGAUAUGCUGUAUUACACAAAUUCCAAUUUGCUUUUGCACCAAAUUUGAACUGGAAGUUUCACCUGAUAUUUACUUGCUGAAUACUCUUUCAUGGGCAGAGUGAGUAUGCUGUGAUUGGUUGGAUGACAUUGUAGAUCAGAGUGCACAAUGAGCCUGCAGUGGCACAGGCUCAGUGCAAACCUUCAAUGAGUGAUGACCAACUCCUGGCUGGUUUGUAAUAUCUUCUGCCACAGGUGGUGUCUAUGAAAAUGCACAGCCCUGUGGUCCCUUAACCUGUCACCACAGGUGAAUACUAUGCACAGUUGUACAACCUUGAUAGAAUGGAUUUGAAUAAUUAAUUACAGAAGUCUAACCAUCAUCAACAAACCUAUGCUUGAUGGCUUUCUUGCAAGGUCAGCUAGGACAAGUACGUGUGGAUAAAUGUUCACGUCAGUGCUGAUAAAAUGGCUACAACUAUCCAACAGUAACCUUUUCUGUUGAGAAUGAUAAAUUGAGUGCAGACAUGAGUACUUUGUACAGCCAGUUGGAGUGAUGAGCAAUAAACUCACAAACCUUUCACCAAAUUUCAAGACCCACCCCCAGAGACAAGUAUUUGUACUUUUACCUCCCCCCCCAAAUCAUGACUUAUCUGCUGAAGACGGGAGGGGGCCGUCCAGCAUGUGAAAUGUGUAGACACUGUGAACUUAUUAUUUUUUUUUGGCUCUUACCAAGACAUGUACGGCCACUUCAUUUGGAAUUUUGGUCUCAGUAAAUUUUGAUCUUGGAUCAGGAAAUCCUGGUCACCGGGCAGAUGAAGACCAAACGAUCGAGUUGAAAUCUUUCAGUAGAGAAAUGCUUUAGGCCAGGAUGAGAAAUGACAUCCAACAUAGAUCUAAAUUAUACCAACUUGGACUGUAUUUUCAAAGAUAUGUAUAUUCCAUCACCAAGUUAACAUCGCUUAAAUUUGUAACCUACAACAUUCAUGUGACAUUCGUAAGCAGUGUAUGUAUUCUGAAGUGUAAGUAUGUGAGAUAAAAGAAUGUCUAAUACCAUGAAUACAGAUUUAUUAUAUGGACCAAGUAUUGUAAUAUCGAUAAGCUUCUUACAUGGAAAUAAGACUUGUUCUGUUGUGUACUUCAA